AUGGACACGCUCCUCCGCUGGCCAGACAUUCCUCACCCGGCCGUCGUCGCUACCACCGCCGCCGUCGCCACCGCCUCCCUGAUAGUCGUGGCCAAGGCGACGCUGUGGCCGAGGAGGCGGAGCGUUCUGCGGAGUCCGCUGAAGACGGUGCUGCCGAGGGCGUCGAGGGAGGAGCUGAGCGAGCUGGUGUAUUUGCCGGAUGCCUUUCCGGGAGCGAGGGACGUCGAGACGCCGUAUGGCACGAUACGGGUCUACGAGUUCGGGCCGGAGGAUGGCGACAAGGUGCUUCUUGUUCAUGGGAUAAGCACGUCGUGCAUUACGCUGGGACGGAUCGCACAUGCCUUGGUUGAGCGGGGGUGUCGCGUCAUGCUGUUUGACCUGUUUGGGCGCGGCUUCACCGACGGCGUGGGCGACAUCCCGCACGACACGCGGCUGUAUACCACGCAGAUCCUGCUCGUGCUGGCGUCGUCCCGCCUCAGCUGGACGGGCACCUCGGGCUUCCGGCUAAUUGGGUAUUCUCUGGGCGGCGGCAUCGUCAUUCCCUUUGCCAAUGCCUUCCCGCACAUGGUGUCGUCGCUGGUGCUGCUCGCGCCGGCGGGCCUCAUCGACGCCGCGUCCUUUGGGGCCGUCAGCCGUUUCAUCUUCUCGAGCGGCUUCAUCCCCGAGCGCAUUCUUGCCGUCCUCACCGGACAGCGGCUGCAGCGGCCUAUUGCGUCGUCGAGGGCUGCCAGGUCCAGGGCCGCUGGUGUGCUGGCCGUUGCCGAGGCCGAGAAUCUGGCCGGCGAGAAGACGCCUCUGGAGGAGAGGGUCUUGGACUACGUGCGGUGGAUGGUGCACAAUCACGAGGGCUUCGUGCCGGCCUUCAUGUCGUGUAUUCGGUAUGCGCCGCUUACAGAGCAGCAUGAGGAGUGGAAGGGGCUGGCGAAGCGGGAAAGGGGUACGACGGCCGUCAUCUUUGCCGAGACGGACGAGUUGAUUAGCGCCGACGACUAUGCGCGUGAUGGGCUGCCGCUCGUCGGCGGCGAGGGCCAUGUCUUUUGGAGAGUCGUGCCUGGGAGCCAUGACUUUGUCAUGACGCAUGUUGCCGCCAUUAUGAAGGAGCUGGACGAGUUUUGGGAUAUGAAGACGUAG